AUGUCUUGCAACAGGCAGGUUAGGAUUUGCAAAUGUCAAGAAGACAAUGUGGCAAACUGGUUGGAAGUAGAACUGCCAAAAAAGGUAAAGGUAAACAUACAAACUUGCCCCAAUUGUUUAGAGAAUAGUUAUGAUUGCAUGGAAUGUUUGGAAACGGAAAGCAAUUCAGUGUUUGAAACAGUGCCACAGCAUAGAUCAAACACAAUCAUCGUUAGAAACAGGCAAACUGCACCGAGGGUAAUAAUGCAACCCCCGCAAACUGUGAUAGUUCGUAAUGAGGCUAGACCCCCUUUGGUAAUCCACCAACAACCGCCGAAUGUAAUAGUUAGGAAUGAUCCACCACAGCCAGUGUAUGUACAACAACCACCUCCAAAUGUACUAGUAAAGGAGACAAAACAAAAAUUUGCCUGUACAAAACACAAUAAUUGCAAUUACUACCAGAAGGGUAGGUAA